AGACAAGUGACGCUAAUUCCGGAGGAAUCUGAAGACAUGUGGCAUGCUUAUAAUCUAGUUGCAACUGGUGAUAGCUUACGAUCGACAACCGUACGUAAAGUUCAAACCGAGUCAGCAACAGGAAGUAGUAGUAGCAGUAGAGUGCGUACCAUGCUGACGAUAUGUGUUGAAGAUAUUUACUUUGAUACACAAGCAUGUGUUCUAAGAGUUAAAGGACGAAAUAUUCAGGAGAACCAAUAUGUGAAGAUGGGUGCUUAUCACACAAUAGAUUUAGAACUGAAUCGUAAAUUUACGCUAGCCAAGGCAAAAUGGGAUAUUAUACAGCUAGACAGAAUAG